AUGAAUUUAGUUGAUGGUGGAGUUGCUCAGUUACCAAAUGGUAACAAUUUUUUGACAAAUGAAUACGUUCACAUUGAAGAUGAAAAUGUUUGGACAGGCCUCACUGAUGAAGAUAUAAUAGAAAUGGUAAACCAGAAGGAAGAGAUUAGUGAAGAGGAAGUUGAAUAA